GCUUCCUCAAGUUGCAAGUCUUUACAACAUCCACGCCACAUAUAGGUACAGUUCGAUCGUCUACAAUUUCCUACAUGCCUAGGAUAAGUAUAUCUCUGCCAUAUCUAUGCGCUCGGAGUCUGCGAUCUUCCCGACCCCGCAAUGCCUGUCCACUCAAAGCUCGGCGGGCGAGGCUCUUUUCUCAAACGCCACAGCGAAACUCUCAGCAUGAUAGCUCUAUGACAGAGCAAGAAACCUCCUCUUCUAUCGAAACACAGAUUCCGCUCACAUUAUCGAAAGAUAGCUCCUCGCACAGGCAAACAAAUGACGUCGCGGAACAGGGAGCUAUGUCUAGAAGGCUUGCAGAAGCAACAGAAGAUGCCAUACUUGAAGGUGGUCGUGCUGGCAGAAAAGCAGUCGAAGAGGUCGGGUUUUCUGACGAGUUGAAAGAGAGACUUUUGGAGAGAGUGAAGGCGCAUACGUUUCGUUCCGAGAAUGCAUCGGCUUUUGCAGAGGCAAGCUUGUCACCAAAAGUAGGCGGCGGUUCACGGGACAUCGCCGCUGCACAGGCUUGGACUGGCGAGGAGAAUCCAGAGGAUACUAUACUGCGAAUGUUGGACGAUGCGAAGAAGCCAUUGAAGCCUGGGCUCCGAGGUUCUGCGAAAAUCCCAAGUCCAGUCAUAGAUUUGAGAUUGAGACAUGAGCCCAAACAACGCCCAGGACAAAGAUUGGCAAACGCACGAGACAAAAUUUCCAUUUAUUCGAUUUCGAAGGAUACUCAAAUGUCGGAUGAUGAGAGACAAAAGAUGCGACAAGAGUUGAAGGAUAGGUUUUCACCCGACGCUCGAGCGAUGCCCAAUUCCAUACGUGGACUCGCUGCACUUGCUAAUGAAAGAAUUGAGGAUGCCAUUGCCCGAGGGCAAUUCAAGGUACGUACUGCGGCAUUCGAACUAAGUAUUUGUAUUGAUAGUUUCAAGAACAUACCUCGGGGCAAAGCAAUCGAACGAGAUUCGAGAGCAGACAACCCCUUUGUGGAUACCACCGAAUACAUUAUGAAUAAAAUGAUCCAGCGGCAAGAUAUCGUGCCACCCUGGAUUGAGAAACAACAGGAACUGGUUAAAACUGCCCACGUUUUCCGAGCUCGGUUACGAAAUGAUUGGACAAGACAAGCUUCACGAACGAUAGCGAGUCGUGGGGGUACUCUCGAACAACAAAUGCGUCAAGCAGAUCUGUACGCGGAAGCUGAGCGAGCAUACAAUCCUAAAAGGAGAGCUGUUGAGCAAGUAUCAGUUCCAACGAAUGCUACUAGUGAUCCAGUAAUGCUCAGCAUUACGAGUAUUGCCAGAGCGGAGAGCCAAUCCAAUAGUCCCAUUAUACAGGUGUCAUUGGAGACAAAGGACUCCGAGAACGCUGCCGCAAAAUCUGCCGAGUCUGGUGUUCAGAAGAGUCGCUCUCUCUCUGAUUCUAAACAAAUUAAGCCACUCCCUACACCAUUCCGUAUUCCUGAGUGGGAAAAGUCAGAGUUGUCGUAUCUGAGUCUUGCCAUCACAAAUCUCAACAGUAUAACGAGAUCGUACAAUCUCAUGGCUCCUGAUCUUGCUAAGAAACCCUACUUUUCACUUGAUCGAGAACUGAAAUCCUGUUAUGCUGAUGUUGCUCCAACUUUGUCACAGGUAAUCAAAGAACGAGCGAGUCGUCCGACCAAGGAAUCUGUUAAGAAGAUAGGUCAUAAACCAGGUGGGGUGUUGGAACGGUUUACGAAGGAUACAUCAAAGAUUUAUGAUUCCAAGAGGCCGUUAUAUGGGUUCAAGGAAUUUUGGGCUGAUUUGUUCGGGGAGAAGAGGGCAUAA